AUCCCCACAUGGUGGCGAAACGGCCAAUAUUAGCUGGGUAAACGUCGAUGACUCGCUUAUUUCCUUAACUACGCAACAUGGCAGCAUUCGAGGCCUCUUGCGCCGGCUGUCUGCGGCAACUUCACGACUGGGGUCACAUACCGACAUUUGCCUGCCAAGAAUGCUCCGUGAAAUUGUGUUUGAGCUGCUUUCUGUCCCGCACGAUGGUCCCGGGGCAUGCAUCUCAGCACGAUUACAAGAUCCGUUCUGCACAGCUGCCUCUAGUGGAACAGGCUUGGGUGGCUGCCGAUGAUCUCAAACUUUUCGACGCCGUGAGAACACUUGGGCUUGGCAAUUGGACAACAAUUGCCGAGAAAAUGGGUCUGAACCAUAGCCUAGAUGGGUGUCGGCGACACUACAUUGAGUGUUACUGCAGCCGUAAUGGCAGUUUUGGGAUCUACAUCCCAGCGAAGGUACUAAGCCUGGACAAUAAACAAGCUGAGGAUGGUGGCACUAGGCCAAAUAAGGCCCCCCUUGCCGGCAUUACCGAACAGUCAUCUUCUGGAGAUACUAAAAUUGAAUUUAGGGGCUAUCUCCCUCUGCGUGGUGACUUUGAUGUGGAGUAUGACAAUGAUGCAGAGGGUUUAGUUGCUGAGAUGGAGGUUGGGUCUCACGAUAAUGAUGCAGAAAUUCCCAUCAAGAAGUAUAUUCUAAAGCUGUACAAUGACAGACUUCUGGAGCGCAAUCGUAGGAAAUUAUUCGCCAUCAACAGUGGGCUGCUGGAGACAUUGGCUCAACCUAAUCACAAUAAGACUACGAAACGACCGCGGGAGAAGUCUAAAGUUGCUUCGCACAUGCGGGCGUUUACUCGUUUUAGAAUUGCCCAAGGAUGUGACAUGCUGAAGGGGCUCGCUGAAUCUCAACGUCUCCGUCAAUGCCUCGCGCGCUUUGAUUGAGUUUAGCGCUAUUGCGAUCACAGUGCUGAGUUACAACAUGUGGCGUGUGAGAUAGGAAGCCGGAUUUUCGUUGCAGUCGGAGUUUUGAGUUUAUGGCCAAGAGCGCGAGACGGCUGCCAGGCCUUUCAGAUGCAACUGCAACUUACGAAAUCAGUAGCCCCUUGUUCCGCAUUUGAUGGGGCUUGGUUUUUUAUGUCAAAUAUGCACAACAGAGAUGCUCGAGGCAAAAAUAGCCCCCUAAGUGGGAAUUUGCUGGGAAUUUGCCUGUGGAGUGGGAGUGCCAUGAUUCGUUUUUGAAAUCAGAUCAAUUCCGGGCCGCCAAUACGGCGAGAGAGCGAAAUAAGAGGAAAGUACCCCUGCGGUGCUCGGG